AUGGCCACUGAGAGCAUGAAUGCACCUUUGUGUGAGGGAGCUGAAACAGUGAGAGUGGGAGUUGUACUCACUGCAGUCCAAGACUGUGUGGCUAUUCGUGAAGGAGGACGUGGUGUGGACUACAAAUCGGGAAAGGAUGAGGAAGCAAAGUCCUUCUCCUUUGACCACGUUGUGACUGUGGACAACAUACAGAGUUUCCACCCUGAGCUCCUGCAGCCUCUCACUGAGUCCAUAUCCAGUGGUUACAAUGGAGCACUGAUGAUAUGUGGAGCCUCCGCAGAUAAGAUUAACACUCUGAUCGACCAAAGUAUCAUCAAACAGGUGAAGCCCAAAACAAAACUACACUUAACAGUGACAGAUUUAAUGUGUUCACUAUCAAUCGUACUCCUCGCUCUGUCUCAGGUCCUGGCAGAUCUGUUUGGUCGUGUGUUGUCACAGAUGAAAGAGGAGUUGUUUAUCUCUGUGUCAUUCCUUCAGUUUUAUCCAGAUGGCAGUGCCGUGGAUCUGCUGAGCCCCAAUAGACAGACUCUGAAACUUGUUCCACAUCCCGUCCUUGGAAGUCUUGUAGGAGGUUUAUGUGAGGUGUGCGUGUGUUCAGCAGAAGAAGCCUACACUAUGUAUGAAACAUGCAGGGAGACACUGAAGGCCAGUGCAGGCUCCAUUUCCAGCAGAUGUAGUUCCCUGUUCUCUGUGGCCAUUGAGUGGAAACUUCAUCCACAGGAGGUGGAGUCAGAGGUCUACCGCAGCAGACUGCAGCUGUUCAGUCUGGCAGGAGGAGCCAGCAGGACUGACCUCAGAGGAGUCAGCCCACUGGUGAAGGUUAUGGACCAAACUCAAUACGAAGCUACAACAAAUGAAAACAUCUUCCCGUGCCUUCUCAGUGAUGCCUUAACAGGGAACAGCAGGACAGUCCUCAUCUACUGUGUCCACCCUCAAGGUCUCCUAGAUGAUGAGACCCCCUCCGCUUUAGCUUUGGCCCAGAAAGCAAGAUGUUUGGUGACUAAUGCCAGUGUUGAUCGCUGGUGUCCAAGGGCAACUGAGCAAAAGAUCAGAGAUGACAUCGUGGAGCUAAGGAGCGCGAUGAUGUCACAGGGGGAAAGUGAGGUUCACACCACCUUUAGGUUAGCAGAGCUGACCCAAAACCUGCAGAUUGUGAAAAAUCAGUCAUGGGAGAAGAGGAGGGAAGAGUCAAAGAAGAUAAAAGACAAAACGCAGAGCUGUCGGACCCCAAAUAGCAAUUUGCACAGCAGUGAUCACAGAGAGGGGACGGACACAAUGAAAUAUUUACAAGCCCAGCUGAAACAAGAAAUGGAGGAGCAUAUCAGAGAAGGUAAAGGGAAUGUAGAGAAAGUCCAGGACAGAGUAGGAAGAAUUCAGCAGCUGAGGGACGCUCUCAGAGAGGAGACACUGAAGAACGGGGCUGCUACGGAUAAAUCUGACCUCUGUCAACAAUCUCAGUUAGAAUACAACAAAGCCCAGGAACGGAGGAGGCAACUUAAGGAGGACCACGGGAGAUUAAUUCAGGAGGAGGUGGAGAAGAUGGAGAGAGACUUGGCACAGGAACAGCUACUGACAGAAGGCCCCCAGAGAGAGCUGCUGGUGCUGACCAGAGAGAGGCAGGUCCUGGUGCUGCAGAUAGAGGCCCUGCGUGCUGAGGCCCAGCAGGCUGAGAGAGACCUGCAGAAUCAAUAUCACAGACACCAAACAGAGCUGCACUGUCUAAGAGAGGAGAGCCUGCAGGUGUUCAGAGUGUUUCGUCAGGUAAGCGAGGAGCAGAGGAGGAUGUCAGAGGGCAGAUACCGCAGCGUGCUGCUGGAGGCUGUGCAGGAUGCCGUAUACCUGUCUGCCCAGAACCAGGAGCUGCAGGCUGACAACAAACAACUCCGUAAGGCGCUGGGGGAGUUGAAGGAUACUCUGGCUGUGCGAGGUGACUCUACGACUGAACUCUCAUCCCGACAACAAUAAAUAUAUGAC